GCUAUGUAGCAAACCCACCGCAUUCAGAAUGUUAAGGGAACCUGAGCAAAGCUGACGCGCUUUUGCAUGUGAUUUAGACACAGUCUUGAAAUACACACGAUCUCUCGUCUCAGUCAGCUACACAGGGCUUGCUAUUGAACCAGCGCCACGAAGCCCUAUAUAUUAAACAGCUUUAGCGAAAAAAAAAGUUUUGCAACUUGCGCCUAUGAGGAGACGCCCAACAAGGCCAGGAGAGUCCACCCACGGAGAGCAGUGAUGCCCACGUCUGCAGCAGAUGCUGUGCAGAGUUCUUUAAACUAUCAGAUCUCCUACAACACAAGAAGGAUUGCACUAAGAAUCAAUUAGUUCUGAUAGGAAAUGAAAAUUCAGCCUCUCCUUCCGAAACCUUCUCUCCAAGCUCCCCUCCACAUAAUCCUGAUGAGCAGAUGAAUGACACAGUUAAUAACUCUGAUCAAAUAGACUGCAGUGACCUUUCGGAGCAGAACACACUGGACAAAGAAGAAUCCAUGGACAUGGACGUUUCCGGAAUUAACAGCAGCAGCAACAAUUCCUGCACCAUCAACAAUAGUAUUACAAGCAGUACUAGCCCUACGGUGGGAUCCUCAGCCGUCUCAACAUCUCUACCUCAACUAGGUAAACUGACUGAGCUGGGCAAUUUCUCAAUGUUUAACAGCAAUGUAAUAAUCGAAAACCUGCAAAGCACCAAGGUGGCGGUGGCCCAAUUUUCCCAAGAAACCCGCCCUAAAGGCAGCAACAGGCUUGCUGUCCCUGCCCUGAUGGAGCAGCUCCUAGCUCUGCAGCAGCAGCAGAUCCACCAGUUGCAGCUCAUUGAGCAAAUCCGUCACCAGAUAUUAUUGUUGGCAUCUCAGAACGCAGAAAUGCCAGUACCCUCCAGCUCUUCUCAAGGUACAUUAGGGACGCCUGCCAACCCAUUGACAGCACUCAGUUCACAUCUCUCCCAGCAGCUGGCUGCAGCUGCCGGAUUAGCACAGAGCAUUGCUAGUCAGUCUGCCAGCAUUAGCAGUUUGAAGAAACUGACUGCAGCACAGCUACCUCAGAGCAACCCUGUCAACAGCAUGGUGCCCCCAGGCAUUGGAUCAUCUCCCAGCGUUAACGUCUUGGCAACAGCAGCUAACGCCCCUCCCUCCGACAAACUAUCUGCACACGCUGGCAAUCUGAACCCACAGCUCAGCAACCCGUCAAUAUCGAAAACCUCCUCACCAGCCUUCGGAAUAGGCAGCUUGUUAAGCCCUGCAUCCAAUCCACUUCUACCUCAGCCCGUUUCCAGUAACCCUUUGUUCUCCAACCCCCUGCCCAGCAUGGGCACGGCGGUGCAUGAUGAUCUGAACUCCUUAUCUGCCCUGGCCCAGCAAAGGAAAGGCAAGCUACCCAACGUGACCUCCUUCGAGCCCAAAAGCAGCUCGGAAGAGGCCUUCUUCAAACACAAGUGUAGGUUUUGCGCCAAGGUGUUUGGGAGCGAUAGUGCCUUGCAGAUACACCUGCGAUCUCAUACUGGAGAGAGACCGUACAAAUGCAACAUCUGUGGGAAUCGCUUCUCUACCAGAGGAAACCUGAAGGUUCACUUCCAGCGACAUUUAGAGAAGUACCCCCACAUUCAAAUGAACCCCUAUCCUGUGCCAGAACAUUUGGACAAUCUUCCUACCAGCACAGGCAUCCCCUAUGGAAUGUCCAUGCCCCCGGAGAAGCCAGUCACCAGCUGGCUGGACACUAAGCCAGUUAUGCCCACCUUGACCACGUCUGUUGGCCUCUUGCUCCCCCCAACAAUGCCCAGCUUGCCAGCCUUUAUCAAAAAGGAGGAGAAUCACGUGCUUCCUGUGACCAGCCCUCCCAGUCCUGUUAAAAGUGACUUAGGUGCAGCAGAACCACAGUCAACGAAAAGCAAUGACAGCAUGUUGGAAGAAGGUGAAGGUGGUGCCCUGCCUACCUCAAAUGGGAAAAUAGAAGAGAUCAAUCAACCCUCUAACUCCCCUACCUACAUGAGCUACAGCUCUGCCCAGGAGAGUGCUGCCGACCAAGGCUCAAACUGCAGCCCACCUUUUACCAGUAACCCACUGAUGCCACUCAUGUCCGAGCAGUUCAAAGCAAAGUUUCCAUUUGGAGGUCUCUUAGAUGCCACGCAAGCAUCCGAAACAUCCAAGCUCCAGCAGCUUGUGGAGAACAUUGACAAAAAGGUGAACGAUCCAAAUGAGUGUGUCGUCUGCCAUAGAGUGCUCAGCUGUCAUAGUGCUCUUAAAAUGCACUACCGCACACAUACUGGAGAGAGACCUUUUAAGUGUAAAGUGUGUGGCCGGGCGUUCACUACAAAAGGGAACCUGAAAACCCACUACAGCGUUCAUCGUGCCAUGCCUCCAUUAAGGGUCCAACACUCUUGCCCAAUCUGCCAGAAGAAGUUCACCAAUGCAGUUGUCCUACAGCAGCAUAUCAGGAUGCACAUGGGGGGUCAGAUUCCCAACACUCCCCUCCCAGACAACUAUCCCGAGUCCAUGGAGUCUGACACAGGGUCCUUUGACGACAGGAAUUUCGAUGACUUGGAGAACUUCUCGGAUGAAAAUAUGGAAGCCUGUCCUGACAGCAGCAUACCAGAUACUCCAAAGUCUGCUGACGCCUGUCCAGACAGUCUGUGUUGUUCCCCUGUGCCCCCGGAAAUGUCUGGGAUAGCUGCUUUGGAAAAGCAGAUGAAAAUGAUCAAUGCCGGGCUUGUGGAGCAGCUUCAGGCCGGCAAGUUAAAGCCGGUUGAAAACGGAUCGGUUGAGGGUGACCACAUGACCAACGACUCGUCAUCCCUCGGAGGGGACAUUGAGAGCCAAAGUGUUGGGAGCCCUGCCAUCUCAGAAUCUACCUCUUCCGUGCAGGCGCUGUCCCCUACUAACAGUUUCACGACCCACCACAAAUCCCCCGGCUUUGAAGAAAAGCAGCUGAGAGCUUUAUCAACCGAUCAUGCAAGCGCUGUCACCCUGUCCCCCACCAACAGCGGGGUCUUGGACCUGACUUCCUGCAACCUGCUGAAAGACCCUCUGGGCCUGCUCUUCCCUUUCCGGGACCGUGGCACGUUCAAGAACACGGCGUGCGAUAUCUGUGGCAAAACGUUUGCUUGUCAGAGUGCCUUGGAUAUUCAUUACCGGAGCCAUACCAAAGAACGACCGUUUAUUUGCACAGCCUGUAACCGGGGGUUUUCCACCAGGGGCAAUUUGAAGCAGCACAUGCUGACACAUCAGAUGCGAGACCUUCCCUCUCAGUUGUUUGAGCCCUCCAACCCCAAUAUCGGUCCCUCUCAGAGCCCUUGUGGCCUGCCUGCCUGUUCUUUAAUCAUCAAGAGUGAGGUUGUCAAUGGUUUCCAGCACUGCUCCCCCCAGCACUCUUCAUCGGGUCCUCUGCCGGUCUCUGCCACGUCCCCGGUCUUACCUCCUGCCCCUCCUCGAAGGACACCCAAGCAGCAUUACUGCAACACCUGUGGGAAGACCUUCUCAUCCUCCAGCGCUUUGCAGAUCCACGAGAGAACGCAUACCGGUGAGAAACCCUUUGCGUGUACCAUCUGUGGAAGAGCUUUCACAACCAAAGGCAACCUCAAGGUUCACAUGGGGACUCACAUGUGGAACAGCGUCCCUGCCAGGCGCGGUCGCAGGCUCUCAGUGGAUGGGCCCAUGGCAUUCCUAGGAGGCAGCCAUGUCAAAUUGCCAGAAAUAUUCAAAAAGGAUUUGGCUUCCGGGACGGGAAACGGAGACCCCACCAGCUUCUGGAAUCAGUACGCCGCAGCCUUUUCAAACGGCUUGGCCAUGAAGACCAACGAGAUCUCUGUGAUUCAGAACGGUGGCAUCCCUUCCAUACCUGGGAGCAUCGGCAAUGGUGGCAGGUCUCCCAUCAGCGGCUUGACAGGGAGCUUAGAGAAGCUUCCAAACACGGAACCCAACGCACCUCUAGCUGGUCUGGAGAGAAUGGCAAACGCGGAAAACGGGACCCAUUACCGAUUCACUCGCUUCAUAGAAGACAAUAAAGAAAUUGUGACAAACUAGGAAGGCGCGAUUAACAUUCAUAUGAACAGAGCAGCUCUGGCCUGCCUUUGAAACUUGACCAACUACAAAGUUAAGAAGACAUGCUUUUUUUGUACAAUGUACAACUUCUAUAGUUUUGAGGAGCUUAUUUAUUAGUCAUAAUAACCUUGCUUGGAAUCAAGUUGAAGCAUAAACAGUUACUUUAGUUUUCUUCUGUGUUUCGGCCAGAAUGGACUUGUGUGAGUUCUUUAAAAAAAAAAAAAAAAAAAAAAAAAAAAAAAGUUCUGUUGGGACUUCUAACAUUUGCUACCAUGUCUGGUUAGAUGAUCUUACCUUGGCAUUAAAUUAUUUUAUAUAUGUAGUAUAUAACCUCUGGUGUUCCUGCAAUGCCACAGUGAUGCAUUCUUUAAUAAAUACUGUACAUGUGUUUGUGCUGGACAGCCCACCAGCUGAGCAUUGUUUUAUCUUUCUUCCAUGAAAAAGACUGAUCCUACAGACAAAGGGGAAAAACACCUCUGUCCUUUUUUUCCUAUCAACAGUUUUUGAUUUUUAUUACAAAAUUAAAACUGCUUUAGUUGUUUUGUAGAAGUAACCGCUUUUGUUCUAGAACUGUUCUUUGUAUUGUGCUUUUUACUUCCUCCGUCUUUUAAUGUUCUGUAAAGUUUUAAGAACGCCGCAGCUGUCAGAGAAGUCUUCAAGAAGUGUUGUCUUGGUAGUUUAAACUGAGAAGAAAUCAAAAUGCCUUGUAGGUAUGUUUCUGACUGAUGAAGUGCUGGAACUCCAUGUUGCUGCUAUGUUUUAGCAUCUUUUACAACAUCAGAUAAAACCAUUGAAAUGUAGAUGCUCCUGUAAAUAGUAUAUCUAAUGUGGAACAAUUCCAUUGAAAAAAAUGUACAUAUAUUCCUAAGUCCAUCUUGAGCAAGGGACAGAUAUGUUUUUUUGUUUUGUUUUGUUUUUUUGUACUAGGGUUGAAAACCUUCGGACUGUUACAUGCACCUUCUUGGAAAGUUGAAAGAUAUAAGAGUCCAGUUCCUCUACAGCUUAAUAAUACUAACUGACAUAAUGUCACUCUUUACUUCAUCAUAAUCAAAUACAGCAGUUUUGCAAAAGAAAAAUUAACGAGUGUUUCAUUAUUAUUAUUAUUAUUAUUAUUAUUAUUAUUAUUAUUAUUAUUAUUAUUAUUAUUAUUGUUGUUGUUCUCUUGGGUUUAUUAACUGCCAUUUUGCCCAGAUGUAUUGAAAUGUUGGGAGUUUCUUACUGUAAAACAUUAAAUUAUAGAAAAUAAAUCAUACAGUGUUAAGGAUAAGUCAUUGGACAGAUCUUUAAAAUGACGACCUAGUAUUGUAGCGGUUAGACACGAUUAUACUUGUAAAAACAAAAGUAAAGAAGAACAUUACAGGACUGUUUCUAUUCAGUCUCACGGAACAUAUUAUUUGUAGAAGUAUUUGUCAUAUUUUGUAAGAUUUAGUUAAUCACAAAUUAGGACGAUUUGUUUAAUGAAAAAAAAUAACUUUUACACUGUAUAUCGGAAGCGUUUUUGUGAGUAUAAGUGCAUUUAAACAUAUGCCAUCUCGUUAUUUAACCCUAAUUGUUUUCAACGGGAAAUGUGUGUGAGUCUUUAAUUCACUACUGCGGGUUUAGAUAUAGCAAUUCUCUUAUUAAUCAUCAUUAUGGCUGUAUAGAUCAGAACAUUUACUGGUCUUAAUAUCAUUAAUAAGAAAUAUAAAUAGAUUUUUUUUUUUUUUUUUUUUUUUGUGGUGUGUGUAGGAUUGUUGAAACUGACACAUUUGAGUGGUCAGCAGUGGGCUGUAGAUCCUAGAUAUGGUCUUGGUCAUUAAGAAUGGUGAAUGCUGAAAUCAAAUACUUUAUCCCCACUGUUGUCAAAUAGCAGCAUCUUUAAUUACAUUAUCGAUCUGAUCAGACUUCGGCCAUCUCUGCGUUUGUAUUGAUGUCAGAGACGCCGAGUCCCAGCUCCGAUAGAUUACUUUUUAAGUUCUCUCAUUUUUUUUUUUUUUUUUUGGCCAAUUUUAACCGUGCAUUUUAUUACAAACUUUCGCAAAGUAAAACAAAGGUGAUAAGCAAAAAUCUUAAAAUUUUAGUUGUCCGAUAUGAUAAUACGUAUAUGGCUUUUGUGAAAAGGAGUAAAUAUUAGAUAAAAACAAAACAAAAAGCAACCUCGGAUCAGCCCUAUUCCUUAUCUGUUAAUAUCGGCACUAUUUCAACUUUAUAUUAGUCUAUAUUGUUAACGUUUUGAUCUAGUGUCACAAAGGCUGAAAAUAAACUACUGAGAAUUUUAACAAGGCCGAACUAUUUUAAAAAUGUGAACAUACAAUGUUUUAGAGAAAUUUAACAAGAUAUUGGGAAAAUUAUAAUAAUUUAAUAUUGAUAAUUGCAUACAUUGGGGAAUUGACCGCUCCUUUUAAAAUUGCAUUUAGCAAAGUUGCAGAGAGGCCCGAGUUUGAAAAAGCCGAUCCGCUGUUUGGUUUUUUGGUUAAUUGAUUGGAGCAAACUGAGGUUAUUUGCUUAAUUAAGAAAUCUAGAUUGCAAUUAGACAUGAACAUCUUCCACAUGCGGACGGGUUGUUUCCUCCAAGAUUAUAUAUCCAUAGAAAAAAACAUGUGAUUGUGUGCAGUGACCACUGAUUAUUGAAACUAUAUUGAGUUAUACUUUAUUAAGCACUGACGUGCCACUGAAAUCGUAUUUAAAAGGUGUUUAAAUUGAAUAACCCGAAUAUAGUUCGCCCAAAAUAAGGUUGCAUUGUGUUGACCGUGGCGCCGAAUUUUACUUAGAAGACUUUGAGUUAGGCACAAAAUGUACACACCUAUUUUGCUAAAGGAAAAAAGGUCAUUAUGUCGCUGUGUACGUUUAGCAGAAAAAUCAAGCAAACCUUGUUCUGAGCACUGAGCAAGCACACAUUUGCUGUUCGUAGUCAUUGUAUCUCAUUCCAUUGUGUCUUAAAAUAAUAGACGCGAAAUGUAAAUAUAAUGUAUAGCCUACUAUACAAAGUAAUAAUAAUAAUAAUAAUAAUAAUAAUAAUAAUAAUAAUAAUAAUAAUAAUAAUAAUAAUAAUAAUAAUAAUAACUUCAGCUGACGUGUAUUUGGUUUUCUUUUCUUCAUGAAAUCACAAGGCACACUGUAUACACCAGCCCAGAUUGUCGCGUCGCAAUAAAGAUCACAUCGCCCUAAUGGAA